AUGGGACACGUAAGCGAGCACCAUGAAGCAACGGAUGGCUUGGUGAAACUGUUGACGAAGGCGAACCACGAUCUCACAGUGGUUCAGCACAGGCUCGAGAGGGAGUUCCAGCAAAUCUACCCCGAAAAUGCAAACCCGAUGAAGCUGGUUUCAAGGAUAAAGAAGAUUCAAGAAGAAUUGUCGACCUUGGAAGAGCAAUGCCGUGAACUUCUUUCAGCCAAACAGGAUUUGAUUGACCAGGCUAGGACGACUCUGGUUGGGAACAGAAAUUUAGUGCAGCGGAUGGAGGCGUCGAUGGGAAUUUCCCCCAACACUGAUUCUGAAGAUUCUGCUUUUGCUAACUUCAAUCAGAUCAUUGAUGAGUGGACGGUUCAAGUCAGAUCAAAAACAGGGGAUGAGAAGCACGAUUCAGAUUCUGAGGAUAUUAAUCAAUUACUCUUCUCAGCUAUAGUUUAA